GAAACAGUACGAGCUUGUUAGCUGAAAAGGUAGGGUGAAAUCUUGUCAGAUUCUAGACCUCUUCGUUCGUUAAAGAGAAUAUGCUCUGCCAUCUCUAGGUGUAUCAAUCCAAACUGUGCUAGCUGCAAAGCCGGUGGUGUGCUCCAUACUACUUUGUAACAGUUUUACAUCUGUACUGGUGAUGUCUGGUCCACAGGUGGUUCUGGUCACUGGCUCCACGCGGGGUCUGGGGUUAGCCAUAGUGCAGGCGUUGUGCCAGGGUUUUAAAGGGGAUGUGUAUCUGAGUGCCCGGGACGUCCAGAGGGGGGCCGUGGUUGUGGAGGAUCUGCAGAGGGAGGGACUCAAGCCCAGACUCCUCCAGCUGGACAUCACAGACCCGGUCAGCAUCCAGGCGGCACGGCAGCAUUUCAUGAAGGAGUACGGGGGUCUGGAUGUGCUGAUCAACAACGCAGGCAUUGUCCCAAAACGAGGUGACCCUGCAUCCUUCGGCAGCCAAGCAGAACGCAUUCUCCAAACCAACUUCUUCGCCACAAGAGACAUGUGCAAUGAAUUUCUCCCUCUCCUGAAGAAAGAUGGGAGGAUAGUGAAUGUUGCCAGCAUCGUGGGCUAUAUCACCCUCUAUAUGUGUUCUCCGGACCUCCAGGCCAGGCUCUGCAGCGAUGACAUCACAGAGGAGGAGCUAGUGGCUCUAAUGAAGAGCUUUGUUGCCGAGGCCAAAGCUGGAGACCACAUCAACAAGGGCUGGCCAAAUUCUGUCUAUGGGGUGUCCAAAAUAGGCCUGAUGGCACUUACCCGGAUCCAGGCCCGCAGGCUAAGAAGAGAGACGCCCCAGAGAGGGAUUCUGAUAAAUUCCUGCUGCCCGGGCUGGGUGAAGUCUGACAUGACCUAUCCCAACGGGACCAAGACGCCUGCGGAGGGGGCUGACACACCUGUGUACCUGGCGCUGUUGCCUCCAGCAACACAGGAGCCCCAGGGGGAGUUUGUGGUGGAUAGACAGGUACAGGUGUGGGCGGGGUCACCAACAGGUGCAACAAUGGAUGUGGGAUCCUAACUUAGGACCGUUUCAUCUGCUGCUAUAAUAUAUACAAUAACUGCCAAAAUAAAGGAAACAGCAACAUAAAGUGUCUUAAUAGGAUGUUGGCCCACCGCGAGCCAG